GGGACGGAGACAAGAGCCAAGGAGAGUGGAGCUUCCAGGUACUUUGCCCCUAGUUAAAAGCCCAGUACAUGUGUGUAGCAAGAGUGGUCAGAGCCUAGCCAAGCCAAGCACCCUGCCUCAUGCUUCCUCUCUCCUGCACUUUCCUCCUCUCGCUCUCUCUUUCCCUCCUCCUUUGCACCCGUGAGUGAGAGCGCACAGUCAUUCAGAAGGUGUGUCUGAAAUCUACUUCAAGUCAACUGGGAGACAGCUUUGCAAGGACAUUUUUCUUCCUCAUAUGGACUUAAAUUUUCUCCAGAGACAGAAAUAAGAACCAAAAAAAUCCAUAAAGAUUUUUUUCUCCUGAUUUUUUUUUUUGACAUCUUAAAAAUCAAUAUCUCACUGAAUCUAAGUUCUGCGAUAAUCCACAAACAUUUUCAUUUAUUUCUUUCAUCACAUCUGCUGUAUUUCUGAAGAGAAGAACAUAGCAUACCUGCAGAAAGUACCUGCCUGAGAUCCUGAGAUAUCCCUGAACUACUUCUUCAAGCAGAAGAGCAAGCCUAAUCUCCAUCUACCACAUCUGUAGCAUGUGUGAGUGAUGACAAUAGGCAAGAAUGUCCACAACUUUUCCUCUGCUGAGAAAACAUCACAGUUGUUGAUUUUUCAUUUGGAGAUUUUGAGCAAAGAAGACAGGCAACCAUGACACUGGUAUCCAUAUGUGUUCUGCUGCUGAUGUUGGGGGGGAGCGCUCUGUGUGGUGGCUAUGCCCCUAUGCCCCAGAUGAAGUACAUGCAGCCUAUGAUGAAGGGUCCAGUUGGCCCCCCCUUCAGAGAGGGGAAGGGUCAGUAUCUUGAGUAUCCACCUGCAAUGGAAGUGAAAGGGGAGCCUGGACCACAAGGGAAGCCAGGACCCAGGGGACCACCUGGGCCUUCAGGAUUACCUGGGAAACCUGGAAUAGGGAAACCAGGUCUCAAUGGUCAGCCAGGACCCCAGGGCCCAGCAGGGUUGCCAGGAAUUGGAAAACCAGGACUACCUGGUCUGCCAGGAAAGGUUGGGCCCAAAGGGCCACCAGGAAACGAUGGUGACAAGGGAUUUCAAGGUGAGCCUGGGCCACGUGGAUUACCAGGGCAACCAGGAUCACCUGGUCCUGCAGGGCUCUCAUUAAAUGGCAAACCUGGGCUCCCAGGAGUUCGGGGCCCACCAGGAUCUAGGGGUGAACCAGGACCAAAAGGUAGUCGUGGUUUGCCUGGUGAGAAAGGAGUCAAGGGGGAAAAUGGCAAAGGCAAUCCAGGUCCACCAGGUCUCAGGGGACCUUUUGGCCUUCAAGGACCUCCUGGACUUCCUGGUAAUCCAGGUGUGGGCAAGCCUGGACUGAAUGGGUCACCUGGACCUUCUGGACAAAAAGGAAACCAGGGGCUUCCAGGGGACCAAGGUCCUCCAGGGAAACCUGGUCCUUCAGGACCACAAGGGCCACCUGGAUCAACUGGAGUAGGAAAACCUGGCAUGGAUGGUGUGCCUGGUAGACCAGGUCAAAUUGGGCAAAAAGGUGAACCAGGUCAAAGGGGUGUUAAUGGGAUUCCUGGGAGCCCUGGCUAUGGUAAACCUGGUCUUGCAGGACAGAAAGGAGACAGAGGCCCUGCCGGAUUACCAGGAGCUCCAGGUGAUAAAGGGGAACCUGGCACAGGAGGUCUACCAGGGAAUACAGGGUCAUCUGGGCAGCCAGGACCUUCAGGUUUACCAGGUCCAAUGGGUCUUCCAGGAAAACAUGGCUUGCCUGGCCUGAAGGGAGAGAGUGGUCCCCAAGGGCCUCCUGGCUUGCCUGGACUCAGAGGGGAUCAGGGUCCCAGUGGGUUGGCAGGUAAGCCUGGCCUCCCAGGGGAUAAAGGGCUUCCUGGGCCAAGCGGAGCCAUUGGAAAACCAGGUCCAAAAGGUGAUGCUGGUCACAUUGGUUUGCCUGGUAAUCCUGGAUUGACUGGGCCUCAAGGUUCCAAAGGAGAAAAUGGCCUUCUAGGGCCUCCAGGGCCACGUGGUAUAGCAGGAAUUCCUGGGUUACCAGGGCCCACAGGUCAUAUGGGACCACAAGGUAUUCCAGGAUUGAAAGGAGAGCAAGGCCCACCAGGCGCCCCAGGAAAUGGAAAGAAUGGGGAUCAGGGAAAACCAGGUCCACAGGGACCACCAGGAAAACCAGGCCCUACUGGAAUAAAUGGUCCCCGUGGUCUUCCAGGUCCACCCGGCCCACCUGGCCCACCUGGUCCUUCUAAUGGAGAUACCAAAGUAGCAGUGUCAGGGCCUGAUGUUGGUGGAGAAACAAUACCAGGUCAAAAUGGAAAACCACAAUUUAGGCUUGAACUCUCUGCUACUGCAGCUCCUGCUUUCACUGCUAUUCUAACAACACCCUUUCCACCAUCUGGUAUGCCUAUCAAAUUUGACAGGACUCUCUACAAUGGGCAGAAUGCUUAUAACCCCACCACUGGCAUUUUCACCAGCCCAAUGCCUGGAGUGUACUACUUUUCUUAUCAUGUUCAUGUAAAGGGAACCAGCCUGUGGGUGGCACUAUACAGAAACAAUGUGCCUGCCACAUACACAUAUGAUGAAUACAAGAAGGGCUAUAUGGACCAGGCAUCAGGUAGUGCAGUGCUGGAGCUAAAAGAAAAUGACCAGGUUUGGGUGCAGAUGCCAUCUGACCAAGCAAAUGGGCUCUACUCCACUGAGUACAUUCAUUCAUCCUUCUCAGGCUUCCUACUCUGCCCUACAUAACAGGUCAUCGUAUACAUCAUUUAUUAUCUAGUGGUCUGCAGGACCUGUAAGGUGUUACAAGCAACACCUGUAACAACAAAAACAGGAAAGACUGAACAACAACAAAAAAAAGAUAAAAUUAGGACAUGGAAACUUUAUGCUGUAUCUGUUUUAGCGCUUUAAAAGGUCUGAUUUGAUUAUGGUUUUACUUUAAGUGUGUUUGGUAUCUUUUGCGUAUAAUAUGUUAUUAUAAUGUUGUUGCUGUUAUUGUUUUAUUCAUGUACUUGACGUUAUUGUUUAUUGGAAUCAGACGACGUGUAAGUAACAGUUUUACCCAUGUGACUGCGCACUCUGCCAAAAUGACUAAUUGAACUCCAUCUCUUUGACUCUGGGUAGUGUGUUCCCCUGACUGCAGUCACAUUUAUUUUGAACUCAUUGUUUCUCUUUUUUUGUCCCAUAACAGGCUUCUAACUCAGUGCCAUAUUUCACAAAUUACUUGUAAAAAUAAAGAAACAUCAUUUUAUCUGUACUAGCCUGGUAAUUUUAAGUGACUAAAUUAAAAAAUACUAUGUUUAGAUUAAUCAGCCUGCAGUCACAAAGGAUAUAAUUCAUUGCUACUUUUUGUGAUUUGGUGGUAUCUAUGUGGAGUUUAUUGUUCUUAUCCUUGAAGUAGAAGGCUUUACUUGAUUAUUCAAAAUGUUUACUUUGAAUUCAAACUGAGCUUCUGAUGUGUAAGAAUACAAAUGAUGUCAUGAGUAUUAACUCUCCCUAUAAUGCUAGCAUAUAUUUUAUGAAAACAUUUCAGCAAAUAACGGACUUAACUGUUUGCCCCUUAACGUAUGUUUUCUUGUAUAACAUGUGUAAAUCGGUCUUUGCUCUAACUUUGUUGAUAUUCUGAUAUUAAAGACAGUCCGUGGUAAAGACAUAACAUGAUAUGGGCAAUUAAUCAAUUUAUCAAUUCUGUAUUUUCUAAACACUAAUCAUCUUCACUGUUAAGUAGCUAAGUGCUUGGUAUGUUUAAUAAUCCAUAGGUGAUACAUUUUCAAAUUAUUUCUAACUUCUCAACUAUCAUAACAAUUCACACAAAUGUACUACAUUUAAAUCAGUUCAUAAAGUUUGUAGACAGAUAUUAAAUGAACAGAUUUAAUGAAUGCACUGGGUUUAUGUAUUAAAAUAUAUUAAAAUAUAAAGUCAUUCUUAUGUGCUAGUACACAAGGAACCAGGCGUAGAGGUUUACUGAGUGUUAUUAAGUGGAUUAUCUUUUUGCAACAGACACAGAUGCUGUUUAGACACCUAGCCUGUCUUUAGUAUUCUUUGGGUCAGAGUAUUACAUUUUAUUUCUAAGUCAUGCCAUGACAUUUUUCACAUUUACCAAAUUAAAUGUAAUAUGUGAAUAAACUGUAUGUCAUACUAUUGCAUUGACUGGUUCAGUGUGAAUUAUGCAGGCGGGAAAAUUAUCCAGACUACUGUGAAAAGAAAAAGAUAAUACAAUAGGCUUUACAAAAGAGUUCGGGCAAUAUCAGCAUCUAAAUUUUCCAAUAAGUUGUCAGUAUGCUCCAGCCUAUAUUUGGGCUGUUCUCAUAGAAUUGGGACUAUUAUUUAGUUACUAAGAUCAGUAAUAUAGUAAAACAUUAAAAGAUAUAAAAAUAAAAUAUCAAGAAUGUUUUAUUAAGCAAUCAGAUUGCAUGGCUUUGAUGGUACAGAUAAUGCAAGAAUCAUAUUAUUAUUAUUAUUAUUAUUAUUAUUAUUAUUAUUAUUAUUAUUAUU